AUGGUAGAAAGUAUUAUCAACCCCUUAAAUGUCAAUGUUAUGGGUUUAAACUCUGGUACAUCCAUAGAUGGGAUCGAUGUUGUUCUAUGUGAAUUUUCGCAGCAACAUCCAGACGCACCAUUACGCAUGAAAGUUCUUUAUUACGAUGAGAUGGAAAUGCCUCAAAAAUUGAAAUUGAAUGUGCUUAGUCUAAUUAAAGAGAACAAAACCUCGCCCGAAGAAUUAUCCCAAGUGAACGUUUUACUUGGAAAGGCGUUUGCAAAGGCAGCCUCUGAUUUUUGUACUAAAUAUGCCAUAUUAAAAGAAUCUAUCGACAUAAUUGGGUCGCAUGGACAAACAAUUUGGUAUAUUUCAGAUCCAAAACCUGGGCAGUGUAAGUCAGUUUUGACCCUUGCUGAAGCUUCUUAUAUAUCUGAAGAAAUGGGAUCCACUGUUGUAUCCGAUUUUCGAAUUUCAGAACAGAGUGUAGGAAGGCAAGGAGCACCAAUGAUUGCUUUCUUCGAUAGCUUAUUAUUAAUACACCCCACAAAACUAAGAGCUUGCCAAAAUAUAGGAGGAAUUUCGAAUGUUUGCUUUAUUGUUCCUGAAAGUAAGGGAGGGCUUGAGAAAUGUUUUGAUUAUGAUAUCGGUCCAGGAAACGUAUUCAUUGACGCUGCCGUAAGGUAUUUUACGAAUGAUACCAUGCAGUAUGACAAAGACGGAUCCUGGGGAAGAAUAGGAAAAGUUGACCUUGAAAUGGUCGAAGAGUAUUUAAAUGAGCCUUAUUUUCAUAAAGAGCUUCCCAAAACAACUGGUAGAGAACUAUUUGGGGAUGCUGUAGCUAAUGAGUUGAUACAAAAAGGUUUAAAAAAAGGACUCAAUAAAUACGAUAUCGUGGCAACUUUGACGCGAAUUACAGCACAAUCAAUUGUUAAAGAUUACGUUAGGUACUCUCCUGGGUUUAUUGACGAAAUAUAUUUAUGCGGUGGAGGAGCUUAUAAUCCUAAUAUCACUGAAUAUAUAGGAGCCCACUUUCCAAAUACUAAAAUGUGCUUAUUAGAUGAAGCUGGAGUACAAACUGGUUCUAAAGAAUCUAUAACUUUUGCCUUUCAGGGUUUAGACGCUAUUUUGGGAAGACCUUUGAUAGUCCCUGAUCGAGUAGAAACCAAAGCUCCUGUUAUAGUUGGAAAAAUAUCUCCGGGGCUUAACUACAGGUACCUUCAAAGAAAGGCCGCUGAUUUUGGGAAAGACUACGAUACUUUAGGAUACCUUCCGCCUGUCAAAAGUUUAAUAAUAGAUUAA